CAGGGAGGGGCGCGGUCGGAACCCGCACACCCCGAGGCCUGCAUCCCGAGGGAGCCUAGGGCGUACCCCUAGGAGGGGCCUGCACCCCUUCCAAUCCCGCUCGGCUGGCUGGCGGAAGGACCCGCUUCCCAGAAGCCGCGGGCCGGGUGGACUGCACUGGACUUGAGGGUGGGGAGGCAGGUGAAUUCUAUAAUCGGUUCUGCUACACCGAAGUGGGAAAGACAGCAUUGUGUUACAACAUAAUUCCAGAAUUGGGAAAUCAGGGUCUUGUGCUGCUUCCUCUGACCUAACUCAUGUGACCUUCCACAAGUCAUCUUUCUCACUCAGCAUCAGUUUUCUCAACUGUGAAAUGAAGAGACAGGACUCCAGUCCUCUGAGGAUUCUUCCAGUCCAGUCCUGAUCAUUGGCUGCCCAUUACAGAGGCUCCUACCUGACAAAGCAACUUACUCUGGUUCAUCUUUGUCCUUCUUCAUGUACUCCAGGCUAUUUUCUGUGGUUUAGUCAAAAAGCCAUGUGAACUUGCUGCCCUUUGAAGACUACUUUAAGAUUUCUAGUGAGACAGCUGCCCUGUUGAAACUUUUUAAAGAAUAUAAUUGUGUGUGUUACAACAGAAAGAAAAAUGGAAGUUUUUCAGGAGCUUCGUAAACCACCAGUACGUUUGGAGUGUGACCACUGCAGCUUCAGAGGCACGGAUUAUGAAAACGUGCAGAUCCACAUGGGCACCAUCCACCCAGAAUUUUGUGAUGAAAUGGAUGCUGGCGGGUUAGGUAAAAUGAUAUUUUACCAGAAAAGUGCAAAGCUGUUUCAUUGCCAUAAAUGCUUCUUCACCAGCAAGAUGUACUCUAAUGUAUACUAUCAUAUCACAUCCAAGCAUGCAGCCCCAGAGAAAUGGAAUGAGAAACCAAAAAAUCAGUCAAACAAAGAAACAGACUCUGUGAAAAGCCCUCCUCUUCCUGAACACCAGAAAAUGCCCUCUAGUUCAGCAGAACUCCAGAAACCCGCACCUGCCCUUUCCAUUGAAACACAGACACUUGGUCCAGUGUUGUCUCCAGAGUCACCCAAACCUACUCUUCCUUCCCUGGAGCCUCAGAAGCCCGGCCCUGUUGUUUCUCCUGAGCCACAGACACCUUCUCUUCCUUCUCCUGAGCCACUAAAAACUACCCCUGUUUCUUCUCCUGAACUUCCAAAACCAAUUCCUGUUGUUUCUGAAUCUCAGAAACCAACCCCAGUUCCUUCUCCAGAACCACAGAAGCUUGCUCCCGGGUCUCCUGAGCCAGUAAAGACUGCUCUUAUUAAUCCCAAACCUCAGAAACACUCCCAUUUUCCAGAAACUUCGGGGCCGCCUUCAGCCCCCUCUCCAGAGUCACCAGUUCUAGCUGCUUCCCCUGAACCUUGGGGGCCAUCCCCAACUGCGUCUCCAGAGUCUCGGAAGCCAGCCCGGACAGUCUCCCCGGAGCCAAGGAAGCCAUCCCCGUCAGAGUCUCCUGAACCUUGGAAGCCAUUCCCUGCUGUCUCUCCAGAACCUAGGAGACCAGCACCAGCUGUGUCACCAGGUUCUUGGAAGCCAGGGCCACCUGGGUCCCCCAGGUCUUGGAAAUCUAGUCCUUCAGCAUCAGGACCCUGGAAGCCAGCUAAACCUGCUCCAUCUGUGUCUCCUGGACCUUGGAAACCAAUUCCUUCCAUAUCACCUGGACCUUGGAAACCAGCUUCAUCUGUGUCCCCUGCAUCCUGGAAGUCAUCGGUCUCACCUGGAUCCUGGAAAACUCCUCCUGCAUCUCCUGAGUCAUGGAAGUCAGGUCCACCGGAACUUCGAAAGACAACUCCUACCUUGUCACCUGAACAUUGGAAGGCAGUCCCCCCAGUGUCUCCUGAGCUCCGUAAAGCAGGACCUCCCUUGUCUCCUGAGCUUCGCAAAUCAGGUCCACCAUUGUCCCCAGACAUUUGUAGUCCAGCGGGAUCUCCAGAACUCAGAAAACCCUCAGGGUCUCCAGAGCUUUGGAAGCUUUCUCCUGAUCAGCGAAAGACUCCUCCUGCUUCACUAGAUUUUCCUGAGUUCCAGAAAAGUUCCCGUGGUGGUUCCCCUGAUCUCUGGAAAUCUUCCUUCUUUAUUGAACCUCAGAAACCUGUCUUCCCUGAGACCCGGAAACCUUCUGGGCCACCUGAGUCCCCUAAAGCAACCUCUGAUAUAUGGAAGCCUGUUCUCUCUAUCGAUACCGAGCCUAGAAAGCCUGCCCUAUUUUCUGAGCCUAUCAAAUCGGCCCCUCCUGCUUCUCCCGAACCACGAAAACGUGCUCUUUUCCCAGAGCCACGGAAACAUUCCCCUUUCCCUGAACUUGCCAAAUCUGCUAUGUUCUCAGACUCUCAAAAGGCAAUUGAACUAGGUGAUGAACUACAGACAGAUGCCAUAGAUGAUCAAAAGUGUGAUAUUUUAGUUCAGGAAGAACUCCUAGCUACACCUAAGAAACUCUUAGAAGACACUUUAUUUCCUGCCUCAAAGAAGCUCAAGAAAGACAGCCAAGAGAACUCUGAUGCUGAGCUUAGUAGUAGUGAGUACAUAAAAACAGAUUUGGAAGCCACGGAUAGUAAGGGCCAAGAAUCAAGCAGUGAUCAAGAGCAGGUUGAUGUGGAAUCUAUUGAUUUCAGUAAAGAGAACAAAAUGGACCUGACUAGUCCAGAGCAGUCCAAAAAUGUACUCCAGUUUACUGAAGAAAAAGAGGCUUUUAUCUCAGAAGAAGAGAUUGCAAAAUAUAUGAAGCGUGGGAAAGGAAAGUAUUACUGCAAAAUUUGUUGCUGCCGUGCUAUGAAGAAAGGUGCUGUUUUGCAUCAUUUGGUCAAUAAGCAUAAUGUCCAUAGCCCUUACAAAUGCACAAUUUGUGGGAAGGCUUUUCUCUUGGAAUCUCUCCUUAAAAAUCAUGUAGCAGCCCAUGGGCAAAGUCUACUGAAAUGUCCACGUUGUAAUUUUGAAUCAAAUUUCCCAAGAGGCUUUAAGAAACAUUUAACUCAUUGUCAGAGCCGACAUAAUGAGGAGGCAAACAAAAAGCUAAUGGAAGCUCUUGAGCCGCCACUGGAGGAGCAACAGAUGUGAUUUCUAAAAACUGUGGAUAUAUGCUCUACAAAGGUGUUUGUUGAAACUUUUUGUUGGAAGUAUAGUUAAGUAGCUUAGUUGGAUCAGUAGAUGUUGACGUGUAUGGUGUACUGUUUUUAAUUGUCUCAGUAGUGUUACACAGAAUAGGCAUUUGGUUAUUUUUUCAUGGUCUCUGUUUAUGUUGCUAUCUUAUAAGGCAGUUCAGACUGUAUAUUCCAGAUGUAUAAAGUAUCUAGUUUCUUUUAAGUACCUGUGGAUAAUAUGAAAUGUAGGCAUUCAUUUAACAAGCAAGAGCAAGUUGUACUCACUUUAAAAUAUCUAGUUAAAGUGUCUUUUUGUGAAACUGCUUUCAGACAAUGGAAAUUGGUUGGAAUGCUUAAGAAUUAGGCAUGAAAAUUUUGAGAAAUAUUCUUUUUUUAAAAGUAU